CCAUUUGCUAUUCUUAAAACUCCUCUCUGUGGCGCAGUGGUGAGGGAGAGAUCUCUGUUCUCCCUCCACUUCUUUUCUUCUCCCUGUGGCUUUGUUUUGGUAGUAUGGUUUUUGUUGCUGCUGCCACUGAGACUUCAUGAAUGUGACCUUAUUAGUGGGUGAAAAGUUUUUGCUGUUUGUGAGGACAUCUGCUGUAAAUCAGUCAUGAGCUCCAGCCUUGUCAACUCUUUGGCCAAAGUGUACGACCCAAACCCUCUUCAUGGGCAGAAGCCCGGUGGCAGGAAGCUCUCACUUAAUGGAUCAGACAAGUCACCAGCUUCUUCAUCUUCAUCAUCACCUUCCUCCCCCCAUGAUGCCGCCCUGCGCUGCGUGGAGAACCGGAUGGACUCCCUGAGCUCUCAGAUGGAGCGUUUGCUCAACAUGCAGCAGACCGUCCUGACCCGGCUGGAUGGCUUGUCCCAGGACGUCAGGGGAAUGGGUCGGGAUCUGGCCUCUUUGCGUGAAGAGGGCCACGGGGGGAGGCGUGGGUCUGGGUUUGAGGUGUGCAGGGAGUUGCGUGGGGCCGUGGAGAAGACCAGCGAGCGGAUGGAGUGUCAGGGACGCAGGCUGGAAGGGGUGGAGAAGCUGGUGGAGGGCACCCAGCAGGUGAUCAGCUUCAUUGGGGAGGUGGUGAAGAGCUCCAGGCUGGUGGAGCUGCUGUUUAAACAGCCUGGAAAUAAGGCUUUCAAGAAGGCAAAGGAUGACAAGGAUAAAGCAAAGCUGAGCCUGAAAGGCUUAAAGGCCCAGAAGAAGAGAAGACCUCAGGACACGUCAGACACGUCCUCGCUGAAUGAGCCUGUCCUGCAGGAACAGGUGGAAAAGCUCAACAGGCAGAACACCGAGCAUUCCCAUGGAAAAGCAGAGGCCAACAGUGAGAGGGGCGAGGACAGUGGAGGAAGAAGACAGGAGCCUGCCGAGCUGAUCCUGGACGGACCACACAGCUCUGCCGCCCAGUCAGAGGAGAGGAAGAAGGCAACUAAGGAGAAAGAGGAGGAGGAGGGGGAUUUCUUUGAGGACUCAGAGUCAGAAGAAGAGCAAAAGGCUGCAGAUGUUAGUCUAGAACAAGCAGGAAAAGUGGAGGAUGAUGGGAAGAAAAAGCACAAUGCAGAGGCAGAAGAGUCGUCAAAAUUAGAAACAGCCUCAAGUGCAGAUAUCUGCAAGACCUCCCUCCUUCCACAGGAAAGCUCUGAGGAAGUCGGCGAUGUGGCCACAUGCAGCAAGCGUCGUGUCACAGAAGAAGACCUGGUGACGGAUGACCUCAAAAAAAGCAGAGUGGAAGACAGUAAGGUGGAAACUGCUGAUGGACAGGUGGUGGAGGGGGGCGAGCCGCAGGCCUCUAAAUCUGACGAAGCAAAGGCGGAAGAGGAGGGGAAGGUUGGAGAGUCAGCAUUGAAGGAAUUUAUUAUUGAUUCAAGCCCUCCACCGUUAGCACCUUUCGACCACCGCAUCGUGACUCCCAAACCCCAUCAGAUAGCCACCUAUUACACAAUCAACAGAGACGAGGUCCUGGGAGGGGGACGUUUUGGACAAGUCCACAAGUGCAUGGAGAACUCGUCUGGUCUGAUGCUGGCUGCCAAGAUCAUCAAAGCCAGGAGCCAGAAAGAGAAGGAGGUGGUAAGGAAUGAGAUCCAGGUGAUGAACCAGCUGAACCACGCCAACCUCAUCCAGCUGUACGCCGCCUUUGAGUCACGCCAUGACAUCAUCCUGGUCAUGGAAUAUGUGGAGGGAGGCGAGCUGUUUGACCGCAUCAUUGAUGAGAACUACAACCUGACAGAGCUGGACACGGUGCUGUUUAUACGCCAGAUCUGUGAAGGGCUGCAGUACAUGCAUAAGAUGUACAUCCUACAUCUUGACCUCAAGCCAGAGAACAUUCUUUGUGUCAGCAGAGCCACUAACAAGAUUAAAAUCAUUGACUUUGGCCUGGCCAGGAGGUAUAAACCCAGAGAGAAGCUGAGGGUCAACUUUGGAACGCCUGAAUUUUUAGCUCCUGAAGUCAUCAACUAUGAGUUUGUUUCAUUCCCCACAGACAUGUGGAGCCUUGGCGUAAUCACUUACAUGCUGCUCAGUGGCUUGUCUCCGUUUCUGGGGGACGACGACAACGAGACGCUGAACAACAUCCUGGCCUGUCAGUGGAACUUUGAGGAAGAGGAGUUUACGGACAUCUCUGACGAGGCCAAAGACUUCAUCACCCUUCUGCUGGUGAAGAGCAAGAGCUGGAGGAUGAGCGCAGCAGAGUCCCUCAGACACCCCUGGCUGUCAGACCGGAGUCUGCACUAUCGACUAAAUCAGAAGAAAAACAAGUGCCACUCCACACAUGCUCCUUCUCCAGAGAGCUCGACAGAAACACUGUGAGGCCCUCAGCAUGCCUUUUGACAAUGUAGGGCCCUGGAGCCCAACACUGGACCAAUGCUGCUGUACCUGUAUACUGGAUAACUACUCUCUGCUUCGCAUCCUCCCAUUCGCUUAGCUCCGCGGCUUGUAGUUCUGGUCUGAAUGGUGAUAGAGAGCCCCGCAGGGAAAAAGAACAGACAUUUGUUAACGCUGCCUUCAAGGCACAAACCACCUGCUAGCAUGGUUACCGUCCUGUAGAGCACACGACCUCCGACUGAACCAGUGAGGACUCUCUAGCUAUAUGGUGGUGUGUAGUUUCUGUUGCAGGUAAAAUAACCACCUGUAUCACAAUGGGGAAUCCAAAAUAUUAGAGACUAAAAGCCUGAAUUACUUGUCACUUCUACAACUUCCACAUGAAUCCCUGAAAAUCAGCAGUUUAGCAUCAAACAGACUCCUGUUUGCCAGUGAUCAGUCUGUCAUGUUGUCCUGGUAUGUUGCAUGCUUUGCACUUUUUGGCCUAUUUCUUCGAGAUUUAGCAAACAACGUUAAACAAAAUAUAGACUGAAUGCUAUUAUUUUAAUAAUAUAUUUUUGUGAAUACAGAUUUCUUUCUUUCUUUUAAUUUACAAGUCUUAUGAAAAUGUUAUUAUUUCUCGAACAUAAGGUAAAAAUAUAUGUAGAACUCGGUUGAAGUUGAUUUCACACCACAUUAAUUUAUUUUGUAUAUAACACAACACUGCAUACUCUCAUUCCCCUGAAAAGUGAGAACAUCUCAAUGACUGAAUACUUCCCUGUCCGUGUCAAAUUCAGCCCUCAUCUCUGGUACAUUUUCACUGUAGACUGGAUUUCCUUCUGUAUGCGUUAAUGCCACUAGCUCGCCUUUGCUUCGGCAGUUUGGAGUAGCCCUCUCACCUUCCAUGAAGGCAUAACGAACAACAGAAUACUACCUAUGAAUGAUUCAUGUUUAUGACUGAAGUGGAUUCUUAUGUUCAUUCAUUUACUGGUUCAACACCAGACUGUACUUGAAGUGCAAAGCUUUUAUUCAAGAUGGGAUUUUAUUUUCAGGGGAGACAAACAGGAUUUCACUUAGUUAUGCACAUACUGUGUGGAUGCACAGUUCAGCUUGAUGGAGAGCCAACAACAGAGCGGAGGAGACACCAGUCAGUGCUUUAUUGUCCCAUUCUGCCUCAGAGAUGGGAAGUUUGGAUAAAUUUCCGUCACUCAGUUGUUGGCUGUUCCAUUUGGAAAUGGAAAAGCUUUGUGAUUUUGAAUACUUGUUUAAUUGAAUUUGUGAUACUUUUUUUUCAAGUUUUCUUGGUUAAUGAUAAGACAUAAAUUUAUGUAGAAUAUAAAUAAGCAAAUAAAUAAAUCACACUAGAAAACA